UUUUUUCGUCUUACUUUUUCUCAAUAUUUUUUUCUUCUUCUUUUUCUUUUUCUUUUUCUUUCUUCUUUCCCUGUGCUCUGGGUCAUGCAACCACAUCGUCACUUUAAUGAGCUUGAUCAUUGGAGGACCAUGUCGCAUCGAUCACAAGAAGCUAUACCCGACCCGUCUAAGCAUCCCCAUGGGGAUGCUUCCGUAGCUCCUUCCGCCUCAAAAUCCACGAGUAACCGUCAUCGUCGUACGGCUUCGACUUCUACCAGUGAACUUCGUGGGACCUCCGACUCACGCACCACAUCGAAACAACCUCUUUUUGCCAUUGACACUAAUCGAGGCUGGCUGGAUCCUCAUCCUAUUAUGGUGACUCCGUCCCAAUCGCAUUCAUCUGAACGAAAACAUGCCCCCUCGGAACGCAAACAAGCGAAAGAUGCGACGGCCGAUUCGCGAAAAGGUGAGUAUUACUUUUUCGCGAGAUUGGUGUACAUGCCGACUCACCGUCUUGUGUUGGUUUAGCCAAAGAUAUGCUGGGUGCGGUUUCCAACGAAGAUAUAUUGAGGCUGACUCAACUUACUACCAAGUUACCGGAAGCACCACGGAAACCAGCUUACAAAGAGCAUCGUCACCGUCGUCAGCAAUCGGGUAAAUGAAUGAUUUACCUAAAGUUUUUUUUUUUCUGUUCAAUUCGGACGUAUUUACGAUCAAUGCG